GGCAGAUUUAUGUCUCAUUGAAUUUUCUCUAGUUUUGCAUUCUUAUCCGACUAUCUAUCAACACGUCAUCUCCGUCAACCUUCAGAUUAGCGACAUCAAUGGAGGAGCUGGGCAAUGCAACCCCAGAGACUCACGACUGCGUAGUUAAGCUGAGGCCUAAUCCGAGACGGCGGAAGGAGAAGGUGGUCAUAGGCUGCGGCGCCGGUUUCGGCGGCGAUCGGCCGCUGGCGGCCCUGAAAUUGCUCAAGAGAGUGAAGGAAUUAGACUACCUGGUGCUCGAGUGCUUGGCUGAACGCACGCUGGCCGAGCGACACGGUGCCAUGAUGUCCGGUGGCAAGGGUUACGAUCCUCGCAUUUCGGAAUGGAUGCAGUUGCUUUUACCUCUGGCGGUCGAGAGAGGGGUUCACAUUAUUACCAAUAUGGGUGCCAAGUCUCCACACGAUGCCCAAGAAGAGGUUUUACGAGUUGCUAGCGAAUUGGGGAUUCAUAUAAGUGUCGGACUGGCUUACCAAUCAUCUGUUUCAGAAAUGGGAGUGGAGAAUCAGCAGAAAUAUUUUGAUGGUGAUGUUAGUGUAUAUCUUGGAGCAGCUCCAAUAGUUGAAUGUCUGGAGAGGUAUAGUCCAGAUGUUAUAAUCACUUCUCGAGUUGCUGACGCAUCUUUAUUCUUAGCCCCUAUGGUGUUUGAAUUAGGAUGGAACUGGAACGAGUUCCAGCUCUUAGCACAAGGCUCUUUGGCGGGUCACCUUCUAGAAUGCGGUUGUCAACUCACAGGGGGUUAUUAUAUGCAUCCAGGUGAUAAACACCGAAACAUUUCUUUCCAAAGUCUCCUUGACUUGUCUCUGCCAUUUGCUGAAGUCACUUUCGACGGCACAGUAAAUGUUGCAAAGGCCGAAUGCACAGGUGGGGUCCUAAAUUUCAACACUUGUGCUGAGCAACUUCUCUAUGAAGUUGGGGAUCCUAGUGCAUACAUUACUCCAGAUGUGAUUGUAGAUUUUCAGGAUGUUACAUUUCAAUCAUUGUCGGAUAGCAAAGUUCUCUGCUCAGGAGCAAAGCCCUCUCUUGAACCAAUACCUAAAAAAAUGUUGCUGCUAAGGUCAAAGGAGUGUGGAUGGAAAGGCUGGGGAGAAAUCUCGUAUGGAGGUUAUCAAUCUAUACAACGUGCAGAAGCUGCUGCUUUUCUGGUGUGGGCAUGGAUGGAGGAACUAUAUCCUGGUACCAGCAAAAAUAUUAUUUCCUAUAUUAUUGGUCUGGAUAGCCUUAAGGCAACGUUCAUCAACGAUAUACAUUCAAAGCCUAGUGAUGAUAUUAGGUUAAGAAUGGAUGGCCUGUUUGAUAAAGAGGAGCAUGCUGUCCAGUUUACUAAUGAGUUCACGGCUUUAUACACUAAUGGACCUGCGGGUGGUGGUGGAAUCAGCUGCGGAUGCAAGAAAGAGAUCUUUCUUGAGAAAGAAUUGGUCAAACGCGAACACGUCAAUUGGCAAGUUUCCGUGGACGGAAACAACACAAUCCACUCGACCAAUCAAAACACAAGCCAUAUGGCUGCAAGCCCAAAAACUUCCCAGCACGAAUCAAACCCGCCACAAACUGCACGCAUAUCAAGCCAAGAACCGAUAACCUACACAGAGGCCCGGCUCUCCCCAGCUCCAGCUAGCCAAAAUGUUCCUCUUUUCGAAGUGGCCCACAGCCGAGCUGGAGACAAAGGCAACGACUUGAACUUCUCCAUCAUUCCUCAUUAUCUGCCAGAUAUCGAGAGGCUUAAGACGGUUAUAACCCCAGAAUGGGUAAAGGAGGUUCUAAUGCCCCUUCUGAAUCCCUCUUCCUUUCCCGAUCGUGAUGAUGUGGAGAAAAGGGACAGGUGGGCCCGUGAGCAUGUUGAGGUGGAGAUUUACGAGGUUAGGGGGAUUUGUGGGCUGAAUGUUGUGGUCCGGAAUAUUCUGGAUGGUGGGGUCAACUGCUCGAGAAGGAUAGAUAGGCACGGUAAGUCUGUAUCGGAUGUCGUGUUGUGCCGGCAUGUUGUGUUGCCACCUUGAUGCAUUUGGGGGUUUAUUGUGUUUGUUUGCAUAUAGGAGAUUGUGAUGUAUUAUACAUUGUGUAAAUUGUGUUGUGGAAGAGCUUUUAGAAGCUGGGAUCUUAUACUGAUGUGUGUUGUUAUUGAGUGUUGAUANAUAGAUAUUCUCAUUAAGAACAA